GCGCGCUCGUUAUACGUAUACGUAUAAAUACGAAUUUUUUAUCUAACAUCUACAUGCAUGCAUGCAUACGUGCUUUAAAUAAUCUGCGGAACGAGUGGACUGUUUAUGUUUAUGGUGCUUCUUCGUCUCUAUCUCAAAACUACUUUUCAGUUGUUUGUUUUCAAUUGUUAACGUGCGCGUGAUUGGUUCAUUAACAUGCUGUUCUAUAUUUAAUUCGGCGCGCUCAGCAUUAUACGAAAUAAUUGAAAAUAAUAGUUUUGAAAACAACUGCUACCUCAUUAAAACAAUACGUGAUAAAAACGGUGCCUAAUCAAAUAGCAUAUCUUCUUUGCUUAUCACCUAAAGUAAUGAUCAGGAAUUCCGCUGUUCAGUUGUCAACAGACCGCAAACAACUUGUGAAUAUACAAAGUGGCAUUCGAAUAUGAAAUACAUCUUUUUAUCUUCCUUAUUUGUACUUAACCAUUGUUACAUGUAUGAUUUUUGAUAUAGAUAAUAAUUAAAAAAAAAACAAAAUAAAACCCGUAGUAACAGAUAACAUAUGUGUACUCAAAGUAUGAGACAGUGAUAACGAAAUUUAAAUGUGUAACAAAAAACUUCAAAAUUAAGAUUUGCCACGAUAAACACUAUGUAAAAUAUAUUAAGAAAGUUUUUAUUGAGAUCAUGGCUACUGAGGGGUUUGUUCAUUUGGACGGUGGCUACGGGUGGAUUAUACUUGCUGCUUGUACUUUAAUAAAUUCUUCUGUACAACCUCUGCUGCAAUGUUUUGCCUUGAUUUUCGAAACUACGUUCGCAAUACAGAAGAUCAAGGCAGCACAAAUAUCCUUUCUACUACACCUGCACAACUCAAUAAUGUGUAGUUUAGGAUUUUUGAGCGCUCCGGUUCUAAAAAAGUAUAAUUAUCAGCAGUUAGCCUUUGUGGCAAGUAGUUUAAUUUGUAUUGGAAUUUUUACAACUAGUUUUGUCAACACAUAUGCAAGUUUAAUAGUAACAGUAUGCAUUAUAAUAGGAGUAGGCCAGGGCAUCCUUAUGCCUUCUGUUUCUCUCGCAAUGAAUUCAUAUUUCAAGAAAAGACUUACACUUGCGAUGAGUUACUCAAUAACAGGAGUGGGUUUAUUACCAAUAUUUGCACCAACAAUUUGCAACUAUUUGCUCAACAUAUACGGCACUUCUGGCACAAUUUUGUUAUUAAGUGGGUUGGCAAUGCACGCCUUUAUUGGAGUGUUAUUGCUUAGACCUGCUAAUAUACCGAAAACCAGAAAGGAAUUUCCAUUAAACGAAGUCAAAAGUGUUCAAGAGGAUGAAGCUUUAGUAAAAAACACUGAAACUGCAGCUGAAAUACGGGUUGCAAAUGGUAAUCUUAAGAAAGAGAGGGGCAAUGUUGAAUAUCCCAAAAAAGUUAAAAAAAAGCUAAAAAAGCUUUCCGAUUUAUUCGAUCUAGAAUUAUUUAAAGAUAAAGAGUUUGUGUCUUUGGUGAUGGGAAUGGGAAUCUCUUAUGCGGCAGAACUUAACUUCUUACUUAUGGUACCAUUUGUAUUAUACGAAAUGGCUAAAUUCGAGAGGAAAGAUGUCGCCAUGGUGAUGUCAAUUCAAUCAGCGUUUGACAUCUUCGGAAGGCUGGCAUUACCAAUUCUUUCCCAUAAGAGUGGAUGGCACCCAAGAUUAAUGUAUGCCAUUACUUUAAUUGGAUCUUCAAUAGCAAGAACUAUUUUAGCAAUUUUCUGUGAUACUGGAUACGUGGUAUUAGCUUGUAGUGCGUUAUGGGGUUUAUCAAAAGGUGGAAAGGCAGUUUUUCAGUCAUUAGUUUUACCAAAAUACGUUCCAUAUGAAAAACUGGCCACUGCAUUUGGAGUACAAAUGAUGAUUAACGGAUUUUUAUCCUUAAUAAUUGGUCCAUUUAUAGGAUGGGUUCAUGAUAUUAAUCAAUCAUAUAAGGUACCACUUUACGUUACCACUACGCUUUCCUUGUUGUGUGUUGUAUUGUGGCUAUUUACGUAUUUUUUUCGCAAAGAAGUAGUAAAUCCAAAAGUAAUAAAUAAUGAGAAUGAUCAAUAAUGGUACGUUGUUGUUAGCUGAGAAGUUUACUGUGAUAACAAAAAAAAUACGCGCUUUUUGACAUCUACUACACAAUAAGAGAAUCAUUUGCCUGGAUUGCGAAAAUAUAUUUAAAUGUUACUUGUACAUAAUACAUUCUAAGUGCCAUAAUUUUGUACACUUUUAUUGUAAAUUGUAUUAUAAAAGAGAUGUUUUAAACCCA